AUGCUGAGGAUUUCACGCUUAACAAAACCCUUUGCUGUGAACCAGGCUUGGAGAGCCUUCUCUACUGCAAAGACGCCCGAGCUCGAAGUUGAUAACAUAGUUAUUGGUGCAGGUGUCGUUGGUUUAGCCAUCGGCGAGAAGCUGACUCGAGAAAGACCACACGAAACCACGUUUGUCGUCGAAAAGAAUGUGCGUAUCGGCGAAGAAACAAGUGCAAGAAAUAGCGAGGUAAUUCAUGCAGGUUUAUAUUACCCCGAGGACAGUUUAAAAACAAAGCUCUGUAUCCAAGGCAAUCGAAAGCUAUACAAGCUAUUCGAGACAGUAAACAUCCCAUAUCGCAAAUUGGGUAAAUGGGUGGUGGCUCAAAAUCAAGAGCAACAUCUUUAUUUGCAGGGAUUGCAUGAAAAAGCAGAGCGCUUAGGCAUUGAAACCUACUUUAUCGACCAGGCACAAGCAUCAGCUCAGGAACCUCACAUCCAGCUUCACUCAGCCUUGGUGUCUCCAUCCACUGGCAUUAUUGAUUCACAUCAUUUCAUGGCUUAUUUGGAGCGCAAAAUAGCUGACGUCGGCGAUGUUGCACUUUGCACACAAGUGACAUCCAUCUCCAAACCGUCCAAAGAUGGAUUCGUGGUCGAGUUAUCAACACCUACCGAGACAACCACAGUGCUGGCUAAAAGAGUGUUCAAUUCAGGCGGCUUACAUGCUGAUAAAGUCAGCAACAUGCUUCCAUUAAACAAACCAUACAAGUUGCACUAUGCUAGAGGACAUUACUAUGCGUACAAUGCACCUUUGGAAGUAAAUCAUUUGAUUUAUCCUUGUCCUGAGAAGAACUUGGCUGGCUUAGGCACUCAUUUGACAUUGGAUAUGGCAGGCGGCAUCAAGUUUGGCCCUGAUGUGCAAUACAUUGAUGACCCCUACGAUUAUAGCGUACCAGAUGAUGAAGAGAAAAAGGAGGCUUUUGUUAAUGCUAUUCAUUCGUAUCUACCCUCUCUAAACAAGGACAAACUUCAUGCGGAUUAUUCUGGUAUUAGACCAAAACUGGCUGGUCCUGGUGAGCCUUUCCAAGAUUUCAUCAUCAAGGAAGAAAGCGAUUCAGGUCAUGACAACUUCUUUACACUGAUUGGCAUUGAAAGUCCCGGCCUCACAUCCUCACUUGCCAUUGCUGAUCAUGUAUAUUCCAUGAUUCGCUCUUGA